CGAGCUCUCAUUGCGUCACUACAUCACACUGUCGCGGGUGGAGAGGCCGUGUCGGGACACAGGGGACACUGGACUUUUCUGACACUGUGUAGGAAAUGCUUGAAGCUGGUAACAUUAUCUAAGUGCGGCUGGCGCGUCACUGUCUCAUCUCACAUUACAUCCGUCAUUACAUCAAGACCAGCUUUUGUGUGAAGAUCAUAUAUCAGCCCGGAUUCCCAGCCUAGGCCUAUCUCGGAAGCUUGACUGUUCCGAAUAGGUAAGUUGGCGACCUCCCAGAAGUUAACAGAACACUUCCUGACAUGCACGAUAUGUACAGAGGUGUUUGACAAGGCCUGUACACUUGUAUGUAAUCACACCUUCUGUCGGAAAUGUGUGGUCAACUACACCAAAACCAGACCAGAAGCCAUCAGUGCCAAGUCUCUCCUGUGUCCAUUCUGCAGCAAGAUGACGAAAGUGUCUGCCCCUGAGAGACCAGUGGAGGAGUGGGCGGAUGACUUCAAGCCUAGCUUUGCCAUCCAGGGACUCUUGGACUCGUUUGGCCCCGGAUGUAAAGAUACGACCUACUGCAGUUAUUGCAAGGAAGAAGGGGAGACAACUCCAGCUACAUCUUGGUUCUCUGUCUGUGAUGACGCAAUCUGUGAACGAUGUUUAAGGAUGCACAAACGAAUCCCAUCUACCAAUCACCAUGACGUAGUUGACCUGUCUGGAGAGACAAAGGUCAAGGUCAAAAGAAAGGUCAUGUGUAAAGUUCACAAGGAUGAAAAUAUCAAAUAUAUUUGCAAAGAUUGUAAAACAGCAGUUUGUCAAACAUGCUGCAUUAUCCAUCACAGGAAAUGUGACUUGGUUGUUGAAAUUGAGUCAGAGAUUCCUGCCAUGAAAACCGAGCUGAGAAAGAAUAAAGAGGAUUUGUUGAAGAAACAGGACGAGAUGAAAACACAUGUUAGAAAACAAACCUCCAACGUCGAUGAAGCAUUAACGCAUUACUUACAAAUAGAAUCGAAUAUCAAGUCUGCAAGUCUCAAAGCAAAAGAGGUGAUCAAAGUCAAGGAACGGAGACUUUUGACUGAACUGAAGGAAAUGUCUGACAAACACAUUGGAGAACUGAAGGCAGACAUAAAGUCAGGUGAGAUGUCAGUACAGAUGUACCAACAACAGGCUGAACUGAUAGACCAGACUCUACAAUCUGAGUGUGACAUGGGUGUGUAUGAGAUGUACCAGGGAUGUGAGGCCGGUGAUGUGGAGGCUGUCGGAGUCGCAGACGUGACGGAGAAGGGAAGAAUAGCCAGGAUCAUGUUCAUACUGGACACGGACAAGCUGAGUAGACAACUGGACGAUCUACAGCUGGGUGAGAUAGACGUCCUGUAUGAGGGUGUGCUGGACCUGAAGGCUACUCAUGUGUUACAGGACACCAUUAACGUCAGAGUAGCAGGAGAUGUAUAUGAACCAAACCUCUAUGACGUGACGGUGUUACUGGUGCAUGGUACAGACACAGUGGUAGCCUCAGACCACUACAACAACAGCGUGAAAUCCUUCUACACCAGGAAAAAGAAGCAAUGUCACAGCAGGCUCAGUCUGAGUGGUCCUCUGUGGGGUAUAACAAAGUUGAAGGACAACCAGGUGGCUGUCACUGUGCAAGAUACCAGACAGAUUGUAACAGUACAAGUCAAACCUGACCUGGUGCUGCUGUCAACCAUCACAACAAUCAAACAGUACUUCGGUAUAACGUCUCUGACACCAUCAACACUAGCAGCAAGUUCCGUCCUCCCUCCCUGUGUUGAUAUUCUGGAUAUGGCGGGACACGUGCUGAAGUCAAUUUGUCCUGGCCAACCUAGUAGAUACAUCUUGAAGUAUCCCCUCUACCUCUGUACCACGAGGACAGGAAACAUCCUGGUGUCUGACUGGGGAUCCAAGUGUGUCGUGUGUCUGACUCCCGAGGGAGAUGUGGUGUUCACCUACAGCCCUUCAGGAGACACAGAGAUGGAGCAUCCACGUGGUAUCACAAGUACCAGCACAGGUGACAUCCUGGUGACAGACCUCAAUCUCGACAGAGUCCUCCAUCUGACUGAGGCAGGACAGUUUGUUAGAACCAUACUGACAUCACAGGAUGGAGUCCAGUUUCCACGUGGAGUGUGUGUUGGUGGGCGUGGUCGUAUGUACGUGUUUAUGUCAGAUGAAGUGAAGGUAUUUACAUUGAACUGAAUGAACAUGUCGCAAUCCUCCUUUCAAUAAACUGUAGUCACGUGUGAGUUGAGGAUUUAGGUGUAGUAUUAUGUGUCAUUGUGUAUUUACCUUUAAGCACAUUUCACUGUGUUUUAGUAAAAUCACAUUAAAAAUUAGUCUUUAAUCACUCAUCUGAGCUUUGCAAUUUGAAUGUGAUGAAUGAAGGUCUGUAAGUGUACACAUUUUAUUUGUAAUCUCAGUAGCAAGACACGGCUGUUCACGUACUGCUUUAAUUUUUCAGAUCUCAUCUGAACAUGUUUCCUAUUUUAUAUAUUACCAACUUCGAAUGUAAGUGGCUUUGAUGGAAGAUCCUUACAUCGAAUACCAGAUCCUCCGCAUGAUGUGUUUUUCAUUUGUGCAACCACUAUGACAGCGUAGCGGAGCGUUUCCUUCUGUGUUAUAACUAGAUGUGUUGUGAGCUAUGUCAGUGUAGGAUAGAUAUUUACAUGACAAUAAUCAUUGCUUGCUAUGCUGAGGAUACUAAGCAGCACUGUUUGUUACAGCUUUACACACGGGACGUCGUUUAACUAUUUAUUCCUGAUUUAUAUCAACAAUUCAUUUAAUGAUACCCCAAGAUGAAUUACUGUAAUCAUAAACCUACUGUAUAAUGGAUCUAUUCGUAAUAUCUGAUUUAUCUGUGGAAUAUUUACGUGACAGCCAGACUUCCUUGAUGUGCGGAAAAAAAGAAAAAACAACAACACUGUUUUGUUACAGACUUAUAGACAUUCUUCAGACCACAUUCAUCCGGGCGACAGUUGCAUUGCAGUGGAGGUCCGCGAGAGUCUGGCGUUUCUGAAUUCUGAGUUCGACAGGCUGAUCGUGUGACAUGCGGUACGAAAACCACCAAAACAGUCAAAGUGAAAAGCCCGUAUUUAGCAGCCGUUGUGACCAACCGAUCUCCAAUUUAGUCACCUUGUAUAACAUGUGUUGAAAUUAAGGGACGAAUUUAAGUACAAUGUCAGCCGCAGAAUCACCUGAAACUACUAUUGUACAUACAUACAUUAAAUGUACUAAAUGUUUUGGUAACUUUACUGAAAUGUUUCGCGUUAUGAAGCACUGAACCGACAGCUCUCUCGUUUCUGCGGUGAGGACUUGUUACAUUCACUUGGUAACUGAGAGGUCGAAGGGAGAUAAAUCGUGAUUAGAUGUUUUCGCGAAGCGCAAAAAAUACAGUGAACGAAUAUAAACGUGAAGCCCAUUUUAUCACAGAGUGUGCUGUUUAUGUGUGUUGCAAAUAAAUUACUCCUCUGUAAUUCUAUGUUGGUCAACGCUGCAAUAUUUAAGCUACAUGUAUGACGGUAUAUAAUCGAGUAUGGACGCGAGAAACCAGUGAUUGACAUCACAAGCAACAUCCCAAGUCGUUGGGUCACGAUGACACUGUAUCAUCAAGGUGACGGAGUCUGAGCAUUAAGUCGCAUCGUACGACCCGCACAGGUUGCUAACCUGGAAUCCUAACGUGGAGACCUUCAUUGGCUGCUUGUUCACCGCCAGUGCGAUAAAGACGCACAAAGGUCUUUCCAUAUUCAUAGGAAAUCUCUGCUUGAAUCAGAGUCGACUUUAUUGAACACUAUCAAAUUGUGUUGAUACCAGGUGUUUAGAAAAAGGUGAGCGGAGCCUGUCCAACCGGCGGCUCCCAUUACAAUCAUGUUAAUUUUCACCUGAAAAGACACUGAAACAUGUGGAUCAAAUAAAAAAAGGGAAUAACAUCUGACAUAUGUUUCACCAUGUUAGUUUUGCCGACGUCGGCAACCUGAACAUACUAUACAAUCAAUAGGAGCAAGUGUUAUAUUCUAGAGCCGAGGGGACUGUUCUCGACCUGUGUACCGUUGUUUUGUACCCAGGGUACAUGCAUCUAGAUGUCCACGAUGUUCUCCGAUUUGUAUGUGUACCAUUCCUGUACCCCGCAUAUAUAAAAUUGUACCCAGGUUUCAGAGCAAAUAAAGAAUAUUUUGUACAAACCUG